UCAUGUUCUCUUCCCUUACCUCAAGAAGCCUUCACUAAUUCUUUCUAUAAUAGAAGAAACUGAUUCUUAAAUUUGUUUGAAUUAGCGCACAAAAAUGAGUGUUCUUCAAUACCCAGACACGCUUGAUGGGCAAGAGCUUCAUAUAUGGAACAAUGCGGCCUUUGACAAUGGAGAAUCUGAAGACUCCAAAGCAAUUAAGGGUUCUUGGUCUAAUUUGCAAUCAGUAUACGUGAAUCAGUCUCUUGAGUCGGAUUUUAGCAAAGAGAAUCUGAGUCCUGGUUUGGCGAAAUCUCCUGUUUCUUCGUCUCUUAAAUCAUUCGGGCUCUUUAAGCCUCUUCAAAUGAAUACUUCUAUCAAAAACUCGCAAACGAAGCCAGUGAAGACCGUUUCUAAAAUGAUGGGAUCAAAGAAUGGAGUUGAAGAACAAGAAGAAGAAGAGGAAAAGCGCGAUGAGAAAAAGAUUGAUAUGGAAAUUGAGGAGAUUGAAAAGGAGAUCAGUCGCUUAUCAUCAAGACUCCACGUUCUUCGGCUUGAAAAGAUUGAGUUAAAAUCGAAGGCUAUUGAAAAGCGUGGAAGAAUCGUGCCUGCAAAAUUCAUGGAGAAGCAACAGGGUUUCAAGAAUCUAGAGACAAUGAAAAAGAGUGAUGAAGACUUACUUUCAAGCGCCAAAUCAAAGUUUAAUCGAAGAGGAGUCAGUUUAGGGCCGGCUGAGAUUUUCUCUGCAGCUAAAUCAAGACAAUCUUUGGGCAAGCCAAAUAUUAUCACUCCUGUUCAAUCAACACAGAGUCGCCGCAAAUCUUGUUUCUGGAAGUUGCAAGAGAUCGAUGAAUUAAGGGUGACAAAAGAGAGAGGAAAGAGCUCAAGUCUUAGCCCAAAAUCGCGCAAAACGGCAGCGGCCAAGAUUCUGCCUCCAAAACAAGCUAUGUCAACUUUAGGGUCUAAAAAGAAUGUGAAGAGAGACAGUGGAAUGCUUUCGCUUAUUCAGCCUAAGGAGCUUUUCAGAGAUGGAGAAAAAUCAGCUGCAAGUAAGAAGCCAAUGAAACCUGGAAGAAUAGUUGCUAGCCGUUACAAUCAGAUAACAAAUGAUUCUCGUAAAAGGUCAUUAGAGAAUGAUAAAGAAGAAGAGAGUAAUGGGUGUGAUAAGCGGUACCUUUCGCGUAGAGAGAAGAAGAAAUGGGAAAUUCCUAGUGAGGUGGUGGUUUAUAAGGGAUCGUCUCCUCCAUCCAUUUCGAAAAUAGGUGAUGAAUUGCCAAAGAUCAAAACCAUUCAAUGUGUUGAUCAGAGUUCAAGGGAUUCUGGGGCAGCCAAAAGAGUGGCUGAAUUGGCUGGGAGGAAAUCUUACUUUUUUGCUGCUAAUGAGGAAGAGACAGAGGAGGAGGGUUCUGUUUGUCAGACUUUGAGUUUUGAUGAAAAUGGCUUUGAGGAAUUUUAACAUUCUUUUUGUAAGAUUAGUUUCAACCAUGAUUGUUAGCCAUAACUAUUGUUAUGGUAUUGGGAUGGUUUUCUUUUGCUUUCUGUGAAGUGGGGUAUAAUUUUCUUCUUUUAUUAAGCCUCAGUAGCUCUGUUAUGCAAUAAUGUGAUAAUGACAAGCUUUGCUCUUGCUUUCUGAUGAUAA